AAAGCAUUACAAAACUUAAGAGAGUUUUUAAGUGAAAAAACUUGUUAUGAUAUCUUACCUGAAAGUUAUAGAUUGAUUGUUUUUGAUAAUUCAUUGGGAAUCAAAAGAGCUUUAACUGCUCUUAUGACCAAUGGUGUCGUAUCAGCUCCACUUUAUGAUUCUACUUCAUUUCGAUUCUGUGGAAUGUUUACCUUGACGGAUGUAAUUCAUCAUGAUCCUUAUGCUUUAGCUGCUGCUGAAGUCGAAUCGUUUCCUCUCUCAAGACUUCGUGAUAUCGAACAAGCGAUCGAUGCUCCUCCUCCGCCUACUGUUCAUGUUCAUCCAGAUGCGCCUCUUUUAGAAGCAUGUGAACAAUUAAUUAGAACUCAUGCACGUCGAAUACCUUUGAUUGAUCAAGAUGCAACAACUGGUAAAGAUGCAAUCCUCUGCGUCCUAACCCAAUAUCGUGUUUUAAAAUUCAUUGCAAUCAACAUUAACUCAAUCAAUUGGAUCACUAGGAAUAGGAUCUUACCACAUUCAGAUCAUGAUCCAUUUCAUCCAUUAGCGACUGCUACAUUACAAACUACUGUAUUUGAUGUAGUACAUAUGUUUUCAGAACGAGGAAUAAGUGCUGUACCUAUUGUUGAUGAAAAUGGUAGCGUAGUAGAUCUAUAUGAAGCGGUAGAUAUAGUCGAUUUAGUUAGAAGUGAUGCAUAUAGAUUAUUAGAUUUAACAAUUGAAGAAGCUAUAGCCAGAAGAUCACCAGAUUAUUGUGGAGUAACAGUAUGUUCAGCCGAUGAUUCAUUAUCGAAUAUCUUAAAAUAUAUUGGAGAAAGAAGAGUACAUCGGUUCGUAAUAGUAGAUGAUUUGAUCACUCAAACUCAAAAUAGACUCGUUGGGAUCCUUUCACUUUCAGAUAUUAUGAAACAUUUGGUGGGUAACAAAGGAAAGUCUUUACAAGGU